AUGACAACUGGUCCGAGAGAGCGCGCGGCGCGUUAUGAGCUUGUGUGCGUUUGUUAUCGGGGCCUGCGCUUGCGCGUGGCGCGGAGGGAGGACAUCAAAGGCGCCGCUUUUACCGGCGCUUAUGCCAGCUCCCGAAGAGGCAAAGCGCCGCCCACGAGGCGGGGCUUAGUGAGCUCGGCCUUCGGAAUCGAUCGGUUAACAAUCGCGAAUCGACUUAAGCACCCUACCGAUAACUUUACCAAAGUUCCACAACUUGAAAGCUGCUCGCUCGAUUGGGACUUUGUCUAA